GCCGGUGUGGAAGUUGGCGAAAUAGCGAUUUGUUAUAAAAAUAAUAAUACAAUGGCUUUUCCUAUGGAUACAGCCCCCUCUUUGGAUACUGUUAACCAGGCAUUACAAGCUUUAUAUAAUAACCCAGAUGUUACUGGAAAGGAAAAAGCUUCUGUAUGGCUUGGCGAAUUACAGAAAUCGGUUUUUGCAUGGCAGAUAGCUGACCAGUUGUUGAGAAUGAAUCAGAGUUUAGAAUCCUGCUAUUUCGCAGCACAGACUAUGAGGACUAAAAUCCAGUAUGCUUUUCAUGAACUUCCUGCAGAUUCACACCAGUCUUUGAGAGACUCUUUACUUGAACAUGCUUCAAAAAUUGCACCAGGGACUCCGCCUGUUAUUGUAACACAGUUGUCGCUCGCAUUGGCUGAUUUAGCUCUUCAAAUGGCCACAUGGAAGUCAGCAGUUUUAGACUUUAUUGACAGAUUCAGUAAAGAUCAUAUGGGUUUUUUACUUGAAGUUCUCACAGUGCUACCAGAAGAGAUAAAUAGUCGUUCCCUGCGCCUUGGAGCCAAUCGGCGUAAAGAAAUAACAGAGGAAUUAGUUGCAGCCAGUGCAACAAUAAUUCAGUUGUUAACUCAUGUGAACCUAAGUGCUUCAGGAGAGGAGGAACGAGAUCAAAGAGCUCGCAGCAAGACAUUUAAAGUAAUGGGAAGUUGGUUUUCUGUUGGAGCUUUACCACAGUCUGUUCUCCUGUCCACACAGCUUAUGAAUUAUCCUUUUCAGUCUCUGGCCAAUGUUCACUGCCCAGCUUUUCUUCAUGAAGCUGCCACUGACUGUAUCUGUUCUGCACUUUAUUGUUCAGAAGAUUUGGAAAAUUACCUUGAGUUAGCUCAUCGAUUGUUUCAAGGUGUCAUGACACUAGUUCCAGCAUAUCACCAAGCAGAUAAGGAUGAGGAAUCAGACAAGUGCCUGAAUUAUUGUAGAGUUUUUACAGAGUUGAGUGAGUCACUGUUUCACAUGCUACUAUCUACACCAAAUGAGGGCUUAGGAACAUUUCAAUUGCUAGAUUUACUUUUAAUGUGUGUUGGUCACCAUCUUUAUGAGGUUGGAGAAAUAACGUUUAAUUUCUGGUAUCGAUUAUCAGAAGAGCUCUACCAACGAAACAACCAGGAGCUAACUGAUGCUUUUAAACCAUAUAUACAGAACCUAGUACUAGCCUUGUGUCAACAUUGUCAUAUGGAUGAAGACCAUGAUGGUGUACCAGAUGAAAGUGGAGACUUUGGAGAUUUUAGAGUCAGAGUUUCUGAACUUAUAAAAGAUGUAGUGUUUAUAGCUGGUUCUUCAUCGUGUUUUGUGCAAAUGUUUGAAAGUUUGAAAUCCCCCAAGUUUCCAUCCUGGUCUGUAGCAGAAGCAGCCCUGUUUGUUAUGACUGCAGUAGCCAAAAAUAUAUUACCUGAAGAGAAUGAUAUAGUCCCACAAGUAGUUCAAGCAAUAUUAGAUAUGCCCCCAACAACUCAUAUAGCAGUCAGGUACACAAGUAUACAGCUUCUAGGAGAGCUUUCAGAAUGGAUUGAAAGCCAUGCUCAGUUUCUAGAUUUGAUUCUUCAAUACCUUCUUGCUGGCCUGCAACAACCCGAGUUGGCUUCUAUAGCUGCCAAUGCUUUACAGAGUAUAAGUACACAAUGUCGAGACCACAUGACAAAUCAUUUUGAAGGACUGAUGCACAUUGUGAGAUCAAUGGAAACAUUCAAUCUGUCCCCUGAUGCAGCAAUAGGACUGCUCAAAGGUACUGCUACAAUAUUAGGGAGGUUGCCACCUAAUAACAUUACUGAAGCUUUAAGUCAGCUUUGUGCUUGUCAAAUAACUCCACUAGAUAGGAUGCUUUCUCAAGACCUGGGUCCAGUGAAACAGGGUUCCCAAAAUGAUCCCACUGUUUGGUUGGACAGGCUAGCUGCUAUAUUCAGACACACAAAUCCAUCAGUUUCAAAUGGUCAAACACAUCCAUGUCAAGCUGUUAUUUUGGAGGUCUGGCCGGUACUGUCUAGAGCCUGUGAAAAGUAUCAGUCUGAUGUGCGCAUCAUUGAGCGAUGCUGUCGAUGUAUCAGAUUUGCUAUCCGGUGUUUGGGUAAAAAUUCAGCGACCCUCUUGACCCCUUUAGUCACACAGAUGGUUGGCCUGUACCAAACCCAUCAACACUCGUGUUUCCUCUACCUGGGCAGUAUACUGGUGGAUGAGUAUGGGAAGGAAGCAGGUUGUGUUCCCGGCUUGUUAGAUAUGUUACAGGUAAAUGCUUUUUGUGGUCCCACAUUUAAGAUUCUUGAGGAACACAAUGGGUUAAGGAAUCACCCUGAUACAGUUGAUGACUUGUUUAGACUUUGUUUGAGGUUCAUCCAAAGAGCACCAGUUCCUUUCCUACAAAGUGCUAUGGCAAAGCCUAUCAUGUGCUGUGCUAUAGCUGCCUGCUCCUUGGAUCACAAAGAUGCUAAUGCUUCAGUGAUGAAGUUCCUCACUGAUAUGAUCAAGUGUUUUAGGGAAAAAGAAACAAGAGAUGACUUCCCAGCUCGCAGGACUUUGGUAAAGAAACUUCUAGAUGACCACGGACAACCUCUGGUCAUUGCGCUGGUCAAUGCUUGCCUGUUCUGUCUACCAACCUUUAUGUCAGCUGAUGUCAGUGAAGUGCUUUAUGAGCUGAUGAUUAUGGAUAGGCCAACAUUCUGUGUAUGGCUGGAGCACACACUGAAAGCCUUACCUACAGAGAGCAGUGGGGGUGCUGUCACAGCCACCAAGACACAGCUGGAGGACUUUCACAGAGCUUGUACCAGUGCUGAAGAUUUAAAGCAAAUGAGCAGUGCAGUGCGGGAUUUCUGCCGCCUAUACAGAUAGUGUUAGCUUUGUUUUUAGACUGUGAUAUCACUCAUUAGCUUAUUGAUCAUUUGUUGGUUUUUUUUUCACACUCUGGGCUGAAGAAAAAAUAUAUGUCACUUCAUAAUAAAGUCCAUGGCAUAACUGCUGCAUUAGUUGUCCACACACAUUACGGAGAGGAUGAUCUUGUUGUGACAGUUGUUGAUGCUGCUGUAUUUUUUAUCUUUGCUCUACCUCUGUUGCAUAGCUAUGGCAAACACAGGUGGCGCCCAUGAGUAGCCUGGUAGCUAUCUAUCAGGUGUCCAUCAAGUGGUGUGGGUUCCAAUCCCAGUUUGUCAGCCUUUGUAGUCUUUCCUAUGGUUGUCUAGAGAACAAACAUUUGACUUGCAGUAGUUGUAUCUUUUUUUAAGAGUUGUAUGGGGAACUUGGCAUCGAGAACUGGUUAAAGAAGUUGAUCCUAAGAAAAAUAAGUUGUGAAGAAGGCAGGUUGUUACAUAAAUGACCCAUUGUAAAUGGGGAUUUUUUUUUUAUUAGGUUGGUUCAUUCAGGGUUUUCCUAUACUAUUUUACUUGUACAUUUUUUUUGUAAAGUUUUCAACUAAUUGGAUGCUGAAUUGUGUACAUGUAUGUAUGAUGUAUUUUUGGUUACAUGUAAUUAAGGAUGUGAGACUCAUGUGUGUGCUGAA